GUUUUGUAGUCAGUACAAUUACGUGAUUGCAAUGGACAGGUUGAUUUCACUGACUUUCCUGUGUUGGUGUAUCCCAGUUAUGAUCUCGGGAGCAAGCUUACCCGAAGAUGUUGAGAAGUGCCAUUUCGGGGACUCAACCUGCCUGGUCAGAAGUAUCAAUGCAUUGAUUAAACACUACCCCAAGGGCAUUCCAGAGAUAGGACUUCCGCCGCUGGAUGCCUACAACUUUCCCGAUUCCGUUAUUAUGGAAUCACCCAGUCGCGGUCCUAUCUGGAUGGACUUUCGAAUGCGGGACAAUGUGAACAAGGGCUUCAAUAAUGCCACAAUCACCCACGUCGAGGGAUUCCUGUACGAGCCCAAUCAGAAGCAAAUUGUGCUGAAGGUCCGAUUGCCACGACUUGUGCAUGAGGCCACCUAUGAUAUGAGUGGCAGGGUUUUGCUCUUCUUCUUCAAUACCACUGGGAGGUUGAUAUCCGACUUUCAGAACUUCCGGAUUACCCUGACCAUCAAGGCGUUGGUGGAGUACAGAAAUGACAAGCGCUAUCUGAAGAUUUACAAUCUGGUGCCCAGUCUCGACUUGGAUCGAUGGAUCAUAUGGUUGGAUGGACUGUACAAGGAAAACACAGAUGUGACAAUUUUCAUGAAUAAGCUAUUCAACGAGAACUGGGUGGAGUUCUGGAAUGAUUUGCAGCCCGGUCUAGUCAAAGCCUUCACCAAUGCCUUCACUGUCCUGCUCAACAGAGUUUUCGAUAACGUAGCCUACGAUGAUAUGUUUCUUCCUUAUGUAGACAUUCGGAUGGGAUCCUAAUAAAAGCGACUGCUUAGGAUUGC